AUGGGUCAAACUCGAAGGAAGGUGCCUGGUCGUGCUGUUGAAACUGCUGGUGGACACACAUUGUCGAUUGAUGAACAAGUUACUUUGGUGUUGGAUGCUGCGGGGUACAAGCACAGCGUCGAUGCCUUUGUGCUGGAUACCAAGUUUGACGUUAUCCUCGGACGCGACUGGUUGAAAGCUGUGAAUCCAAUACCAGCAUGGGAUGUCGACACUUGGCAAAUCAACAAGAAUGGUCAUCAGUAUUUGCUUCGUCCCAAACAUGAACGCACCUUUCCCGAUUUGGCCUACCUGCUUUCGGAUCGGCAACUACAACGACAUGAUCGCCUCAAAAAGAUCUCCGAGUUCUAUCUUUGCUAUGUCAAGCCCUCUGAAAACGUUGACAAGGAGUCUAUUGAUGCAUUGCUCAAUGAGUUCAAGGACGUGUUUCAAGACCGUUUGCCUGGUUUACCUCGUGAACGGGAUGUAGCACAUAUCAUUGACACUGGAGAUGCCGAACCAAUCAAUCGACCACCCUUCAAGAUGAGCCCUUUGGGGCUGGACGAGUUGCGCAAACAACUAAAAGAAUUGUUAGACUUACGUCUAAUUCGCCCUAGCACAUCACCUUGGGGCAACCCCGUUAAAUCCCCUCGAUUUUCAACUUUGAGAUUCUCAGCCUUUUCCC